CCAAGCUAUGUCCUCCAUUCUCAAUCUCCAUUAAUCUUAUCUCUAGACUUCCAUAAUGUCUGAGAACGACCUUUCGGUCUUUGCAAUUCUAACAGCCAAGGACACCAGGAAUAGGGCCAACACUGCACUUUCACUCGCCCAUAACGCAAGAUGGUUCCAACCCGCGACUGGGGGUGUGGCAAACCAAGCUACUAUUGAAAGCCGAGAGCCUACGCCGUCCCCUGAAGAUGACAGCAAAGAUGAUGGUACCCCUAUGCGCCUGGUUCUAACUUUCCCUAAGCUCAUGGAGCUUGAGGAUCUUAGAGAAGGAAUCCAGGUAGGAUCGCAAACUGCAACAUCGCACGUCCUACUAGGGCAUCGAGGCACACCGGGCAUCAGUAGCCGACAAUAUAGCAUCGUUGUCAAUGACAAAAUGCAAAUAUUCCUGAAUGACCGGUCCAAGCAUGGGACAGCAGUCGCCUACAAUGAUGUAAAUGCGGACCAGUAUCGGAAGCAUGAGACCUGGAUCCUGGCGUACGAACCUGGCGCGCGAGAUCCCUUUGGUCCCAUUACUAUUCAUACUGGAGGUGUAACCAUCGGUAUCGAGUUUCCAAAUCAUAAUGGCUCGGAUGAAAGAUACAUAGAGAGCCUACGUGCGCUCAUAAAGAGAACCAAGGGAAAUGCAGUACCAGGCAUUCAAGGGCUCGACAUAACAAGCCCCCCCGAGACAGAGCCACCCAGUAGAGCCCAAAUCGCCACUGGAAGCCUAAUUUACUUCAAGGACCAGGAAAUAGGGACAGGUACGUUCAGCAAGGUGUACACACUGAUCAGGGCUCGCGACGGCAAGGUUUUUGCUGGCAAGGUAGCCUUGCCGCCCACGAACGUGAGGAAGAGACGCCGCGGUGAGAUUGACCCUGAGUGGUUAAGACGGAUCCGAAAUGAGUACACAAUCAUUAAAGAUCACCCACAUCCCAACAUCGUCCAAGUGAUUGAGCUGCGUGAAAGGCCCGAAGUCAUGAUAGUCAUGCCCUACUUUCCAUGCGGAGAUAUGGCGCACGCUGGAAUCCUCGCUGAGUCAGAGCUUGUAACCGCUGUCGGCCAAAUCAUUGACUGCCUUGCGUUCUUGCAUAGCCACGACAUUGCGCACCGUGACAUCAAGCCGGAGAACGUGCUAUUCGAGGAAGAGCCAUACUUCAAGGUUGUGCUUACCGAUUUCGGCCUUUCUAAAGCCAUCACAGAGACAACUUUCCUCAAAACGUUUUGUGGGACGUACAAAUACUGCGCCCCUGAGUUAUUCCAGCCCGGGAACACGUAUAACACGUCUGCUGACGUCUGGUCCUUGGGCGUUAUGGCUCUUGAGUGGCUGUAUGAUCUCCCACAAGCACCACCGCUUCCCAAAGCCCGCAAUCUACCUGAGAAAUGGCGUACUUGGAAUGCAACCUGGGUGGACAGCCUUGUCACCUGGCUGGUCGACCAGGGGUCGGGGACGAGCCUCGAAAUGCUACAGGGCAUGUUGAACGUGAACCCAGAACCUCGGUAUACAGCAAAGGCUUGCCUUAAGAUGGGCAUGGAGAAAGACUUAUUCCAACGGCGCUUGGACGACGGGCUAGUAUGUGCUGUGGACAGCGCGCCGAACACACCAGGACACGAAGCAGAGGGACACGAAGCAAAGGGACAGGAGAAAAGCGACACGAAGAAAAGGGGGACAAACAGUUAAAGUAUUAUAGCAAUUCAACUAGAUAAUGACAUAGUGUAAAGCAAUCACCUAAAGGUCCUGGCGAAAGACGCC